UAUGCAGAUGCUUUCCUCGGUGAUAACUGUGAGUGAUUAAAAAUGAUGCUAUUCUUCUGACUCCAAACAUCUUGCAGCACAACGGGGUUAGAUGAUUGAUGGCUUUCGAAAGACGAUGUGAAGUUGGAAGGUUGGAAGAUUGCAGCCGAAAAUAUGUCCGUUCCUUUGCCCUUCUUCUCUGUUCUUUUCUGUCUGGGAUGAUUCCCAGAGGGGUGGUUGGUGGCGGUGGGAAGGAUAAAAGAGAGGGGAAAAAAAGCCAGACAGGAUUUGUUGUUCCCAGUCAUCGUCGUACUAAAACGGAACGUUGCAUUUGCCCUCCCCUUUCCCUUGCAGUUCAAAAGAAAAAUCAGGAAAGCAAAAGAGAAAAAAAAGAAGAGAAAAAGCUAUUAACGUGAAUAAGCGGCCGACUAAUCUUAACCCCGUAGACAGUUACGACUGCCGCGCCACGGUUCUCAUUACAAAGGC